CAGCAAUUUAUAGACCAAACCGUAUCUCCCCAACAUCCACGAGGCCUGUUCUUGGAAAAAUUGUCUUCUGUUUCUUGUCAGGCUGACAACGUUCGAAAGCCUCCUCUCUUUUUCGCCCUUACCAGAAUUCGUCGAUUAGGACUCCCUAUUACUGAAAAUGGCUGCUUCUCGAUUUCUCCUAGUUGUCCUCGCCCUCUUGGGAUCUUCGGUCACUGCUUUCUUUGCGCCGUCGAGACCGAAGGCGUCCUUUGGUUCCUCUGUAUCUCGUUCUACUGUCGCUGCUAGAAUGUCACCAGCAACGAUUGAACGGGAGUCUGUCAAGGUAGGCGCGCCUGCAGUCUUGGAUCGUCCUGCCGAGAAGACCCGGGUCGAUGAACCUGUCAAGGAACGGAAAGGGAUGGGCCACGAAGCCUGGGAAGUCCGAAUCUAUAACGACGGACUGAAUACAAGAGAACAUGUUGCGCGCUCCCUCGUACAAGUCACUGGGAUGUCCGAAAUGGAAGCAUAUCAAACAAUGAUGCAAGCUCACCAGAACGGUAUUGCUGUUGUCGGACGGUGGGUCUACGAAGUUGCGGAAAUGUAUCACGACGCAUUGCAAAACAAUGGGAUUGUGUGUGAUAUUGUGCCGGUGGAGGAAGAAUGAAACGAGGGGACGUGGUCCUACUACCAGAAAGCCAGACAAUUUUCUUCUUAUCACCCGGUUUCCUGAAACUGUUUGCAUAGUCAAUGGUUUUUCGUUGGACGAUAGCUGCAAUCUGGGUCUGCAUCAACUUUAGUUGGGGCGGCGUCAGCAAAAAUGUAGCUUGUUUAGAUAUACACCUUUAGCGUAC